AUGCUAGAAUUACACAAAGCCCUGCUGCCCCGCCGGCCGCUGCCGCCCAGCGCCCCCACGCUUGCUGUCCACAGCUGCCGCGUGCUGUUCGCCCGUUCGCGGACACCGCAGCAGUCUAUCACUGCGUGUACCCUGCACGGACACAGUCAGCUGCUGCGCGUGAUCAUUGGGCGUCCCCCGCCACCGCCGCCGCCCGUGCGCCGCCGCGUGCUGCUGCCACCGCUCUGCGCCCGGAGCUGCCCCCUCCCCCACCCCCGCGAUCGUUCUGCGCUCCUGCUGCCCGCUAAGCGCGCAGAACCGGGGACUCAGACCCCUUUGCCGCCCGCCCGCCAACGCCACACGUGCUGCUCACAGCCCACUGCUCUACCAGAGCCUUUGCAAGCUCCACUGCUGUGCGGUGAAUCUGCCUUCCCAAAUCUGCCCAUUAAGCUUUCACAGGUUCCUUGGGAGCAUCCGAUUUUCCGCGGAGAGGUAGCGUUUAGCAGUACACCUCCGCCAUCUGCUGGCCAAGCACGAAUUCCUGAAGUAGACAGAUUUGUAAGUUGCUACGUGUUGCGCUAUUCCAGCAUUCUCACCAACACUGUGAUUACCAAGGUUGGACUGGCGACACUCAUUCGAAGUGUGUUACUCCUGAUCCCCUUUACUUUCCUGAUUAAGCAUCUUCCCUACUGUAGAGGAAACCUCAUCCACCAUACCUAUUUUGACCACAAGGAUGUGGCCAAACUAUCUUGUGGCAAUAUUAAGAUUAAUGCUAUCUAUGGUCUUAUAGCUGCUGUAUUUAUUGGGGGCUUUGAUAUGUUCUGUAUCUGCAUGUCUUAUGCCAUGAUUAUCCAUGCUGUAGUGAAGCUGUCUUCUGCAGAUGCUCGCCAUAAAGCUUUCAGUAACUGUACAUCACACAUAUGUGCUAUUGCUGUCAAUUAUAUCCCAGCCUUCUUCAACUUCUUCUCUCAUCGCUUUGGUGGAAGCACUAUUCCUCAUCAUGUCCACAUUUUUAUAGCCAACUUGUACCUGUUGCUGCCUCCCACCAUGAAUCCACUUGUGUAUGGACUAAAGACAAAGAAGAUCCAUGAAGGAGUGAUCAAACCCUUUGUUAAACAAAAAGACAUUUGA